GAAUAAUACGACUUAAUACUACGAAGCGUCGUUGAAGUUUCGUUUUCUCAAAUUCGCACAGCACCAUGCUUGAAACUAGAAGUGGAAGUGGAUUAUUCAUGAUUGCAAUAGGCACUGGCACAGACAGGGAAAGUGUUUUCUAACAAACCUUGUGACAUCAACGCCAUUAUAGCAGUACGGUGAUGCAAUCUAGACGGAUAACCCUGUACGUCACAGUCUUGCUUGUAAUCAACAGCAACGGAGCUUACCAUCGGCGAAAAGGUUGAAGGAACAGCCGACAGCGAAGAACCUGCCACAUCAGUUGAACGAUCACUGUCAGAAGAACAAACAUCGGAAAAUGUUCAUCAGCGACUGCAAGAACUGGAGACAUCUGUCCGUCACACCAACGACGACGCUGUCGACUUCAGAGCAGCGUUGUUAUUUAACAUGCCAUCAACCGCUUUAGGAAAAGAAACAGUUAGAGCUUAUAUUUUAGCACUUGGAAAUAUAACCAGCAAAUACGAGAUAUUAUUGAAAAAGAUAUUAGCUGCAUCUCCAAGUUUGAAAAUUAUUGAUGAACUUAAGACUGCAUUUACUGGCAACGAGACACACAAUGCAAGUUUUGAGGACGUUUUAGUGCCAGUUUUAUCUUCCACUCCAGAUGUUAGCAAGCACGUUCAAGAAAACGAUACGUUUAGAGAAUUGGACGCAGCAGCGCCCAAACAGACUUUACAAAACGUUGCCUUCCUCAAAGUACACAAAGCAGGGAGCACGACUGUGCAGAAUAUUCUCCAAAGGUACGCCCUGACACAUCAACUGAAUGUUGUUCUGCCGAACAAAAACAAAACAACUGACCCACAUUAUCAUUAUCUUGGAGAUAGGAACGGUUUCAGUGGGAACGAUAUCAUUCCAGUACGGAAUGGAGAAACUUACAACAUGAUUCUGAAUCACGCUGUGUACAACCGCAAGUCCUGGUCAUCCGUCUUGGAGAGGGAAUCGACUGUGUAUCUGGCCAUUAUACGGGAGCCAGAGAGCAGGUUUUUAUCGGCGGCCUUUUACUACGGUCUGGUGAAACGCUUGCACAAGCGGAAUCCGAGUCCAAACUCUACAAAGUUCAUUUUUACAGAGUAUCUGAAAAACCCUAAAAACUAUACAACAAGUCAUUACUUUUACAACGCUAUGUCUUACGAUUUCGGAAUUCCCGAAUCUUCUUACAACAACCCCACUGAGAUUUUACAACACGCUAAGCGACUUGUGGAAGAAUUUGAUUUAAUAAUGCUUGUUGAGUAUUUUGACCACUCUCUGAUUUUGCUGAAAAGACGCUUGAACUGGCAACUUCGAGACAUUCUUUACCUCCACAACAAUAAAGGGGCGAGGAAAGCCUCUGAGGGCGUAUUCCUCUCCGCAGAGGACAAAAGCACUUUGCGGAAAUGGCAAUCCGCUGACGUCAUAUUGUACAAGGUAUUCUCGGAUUUUUUCUGGACCAAGAUUCAGCAGGAGCGCGGAGAUUUCUUUCAGGAGGUGGAACACUUCAAAAACCUUCAGGGUUAUCUCUUGGCUUUUUGUAGCAGUCCGAAACAAGACGAUGUAUUAACUGUGAAGCAAUCUAAAUUCAACGAUGCUUUUUCCUUGACAACAUUUGACUGUAACAAAAUGAUGGCAAAAGAGUUUGAUCUUCAUGAUGAGUUGGUACAUGUAGCUUGGGGCCGAUUUCAGUCUGAAGUUCCCCUUUGAAGUUUUAGAAAAACUUAAUAAUGAUAAUGUUUCUUUAGGCAAAAUGAUGAUAGUGUUAUACAUAUUUAUACAUAUCACCACAAGGAAAUAUUCACACGCACAAACGUUCACACACAAACACAUACACACAUACACACUCACACACACAAACACACACUCACA